AUGAAUCGCAAGAAGAGAAUGGCAGCAGCAGCAGAAGCAGCAACACCAACAGCAGCAACACCAAGAACAGCAACAACAGCAGCAGCAACAGCUGCAGCAGCAACAACAGCAGCAGCAGCAGCAGCAACAGCAGCAGCUAGCACGGACUUGGGCAGCACGCAGCUGAUGAGGGUAACGAUGGGGAUCGACAUGAAGCCGAUCCGCCUGCAGCAGCAACACAACAACCCCACCAUCACCACCCCUCACCAUCAGCAGCAGCAGCAGCAGCAGCAGCAGCAGCAACAGCAGCACAGCAGCAGCAGGUACAGCAGUAGCAGGGAGCAGCGACAAGCAAACCAGAAACCCCAAGCUAAACCCUAA